UCCCAAAACACGAAGAACAAAAUAAUGAGGUUGAAGAUAAAUGCAAACCAUGCCAGGAUACGUUUAAUAAAUGCAAAACCAUAAUCGUAGAAGACCCAUCACUCGCAUUCAAAGAUCUGUUAAGGCUUAUUAAGUCAAAACACAGAUAUCCGAGGCACAAACAAAUAGAAAAGGACUCAGUUUUAAUGAUUUCUGACUUCCUUGCUGAAUCAUCAGAUUUCGAAAUUCCUGAAGAAUUAUGCAAAAUACCGCAAAAACCGUUUGAUAAGAUAAUGCAUUAUUUAAUGGAGCAAGGGAAAUGGAUACGAAUAUAUCAACUGGUAACAAAGCAUAACAGGGUGCAUGGCAUACAGAGUCUUUCUGGAUUUGCAUCUGAAAUACUUAUUGAACAACUAAUUUCUCACCUAGUUAAAGAAUUUCCAAAUGAAAAAUCUUCAAACUUAAUUGAAAGGGUAGUAGAGUGUUUUCUCCGGAAUGGUGGUAGAGUAGACCCAGGUGGUCAGAUUUGUAUAACAAAUGCAGUUGAAAGACAGUGGUAUAACUUGCUCAAUACACUGAUCUGUGACUAUAAUUGUGAUCCUCAAUAUUUAAAUAUUGAUUCAUGCAUUAUUCCUAUUCAUUCUGCACUAAUUCUAGGAUUGCAUAAAGAUCCAGGAAACUUCUCUGUUUUAAAAAUAUGUAUGAAAUUGUAUGCUAAAAAUCCAGAUAAAUAUGCGAGAUUGGAUCCAAAGCAACGUGACAGAAAUGGAGACACACUUUUCCACUUAGUCGUAAAAGAAACAUGUAACACCCAAUUGAAGCAAGCGGCUGAAUUAUUACAACAGAAACAUGUACCAUGUAAAGUACAGAACAAGGACGAAAGAUUACCACUCGAUUAUCUUAAAGCCAGCGAUCCUCGUUACAAAAUUCUCCAUAAAGCAAUGGAAUACGACACAAGCCAAAUGAAAAUUGUUGAAAAACAGAAAAAGUCAAACGAUGAGCGUACAAUAUACCAUCCAAUCGUAGAGAUAAGAAAAGAACCUUCGGUUUUGAAGAUAGAACACAGGAGAGACGAACAGAAGCAUGACGACAAAACUAUUGACAGCAAACCCCCAAAACAACCAAAAAUAACAAAUGAAUCACAUCUUUCACAAAUUCAAAAGCUGAUAGAUUCAAUUAGUCCGAAACAAUCCGUAUUGGAACAUUCAAGUGGGGAAUCGUGCAAAGAAAUAAUUGUAAGUUGA